AUGGAGCCCGGCACACACUCUCCUGAGGUGGGUGAGCGCAAGGACCCCCUCGGGCCAACGAAAGACCUCGGUCAAAGCUUUGAUGAAAAGCGCGACAACGAGGAGGCCUUGACCUCUGAGCUCAUCUCCGCUGGUUCGGAGAACCUUCAACGAAAAUUAGGUGGAAAGGAAAUUCAGCUGCUGGCAGUGGGUGGUGCGAUUGGAACAUCUCUGUUUGUACAGAUGGGUGCAAGUCUACCAAAGGGCGGUCCUGCAGGUCUUUUCCUGGGCUUUGUUGUUUAUGGAACUGUCAUCUGGUGUGUUAACCAAUGCUUUGCCGAAAUGGUUACUUAUCUCCCGAUUGCCUCUCCCUUUAUCCGGUUGGGUGGAUUCUGGGUUGAUGAUGCUUGGGGUUUUGCGAUGGGCUGGAACUACUUCUUCCUGAUGGCCUUCGCCAUUCCAUAUGAGAUUACGGCAAUCAAUGUCCUUCUUACCUACUGGACGGACAAGGUCCCGAUAGUUGCGGUCGUGAUGGUUUGCUUAGUGAUAUAUGCUGGUCUCAACGGGCUUGCAGUCCGGUACUUUGGAACUGCCGAGUUUUAUUUGGCCAUGUUCAAGGUCUUCCUCAUGCUGGGACUCAUCUGCUAUACUUUCGUUACCAUGGUUGGUGGCAAUCCAGACCACUGGGCCUAUGGUUUUACGUAUUGGAAGAAUCCAGGUGCAUUUGUCGAGUACCUUGCUCCUGGCAACACUGGACGCUUCCUGGGAUUUCUUUCUUGCAUUAUUCAGGCCUCUUUCACUAUGGUCGGUCCCGAGUUCAUCUCCAUGACAGCUGGCGAAGCAGAGAAUCCGCGUAAAUUGAUGCACCGAGCUUUCUCAUCUUUCGUCUGGCGUCUCCUCCUUUUCUUCCUUGGCGGCGCUCUCUGCGUCGGGAUUGUCAUUCCUUAUAAUGAUGAGCUCUUGCUCAAAUAUAUUGACGGAACCGAAGGUGGCACCGGCGCAGCCUCCCCCUACGUCAUUUCAAUGGUCAAAUUUGGAAUCAAGGGUCUUCCCUCCCUAGUCAAUGCUCUUAUCAUGACGUCCGUCCUUUCUUGUGGAAAUAACGUUGUUUACUCGUCGAUUCGCACACUCCAUGGCCUGGCAGCAGACGGCAAGGCACCCGCAAUCUUUGCAAAAUGCAACAAAUUCGGUAUCCCGGUCUACUCGGUCAUCGCAGCGCUUGCCUUCUGCCUUCUUUCUUUGCUGCAACUUGGCAAUGCCUCCGCCACCGUCCUCAACUGGCUAGUGGGAAUUUGCACUGCAUCAUAUAUGAUCAACUAUUUUGCUACGGUCGUGACAUACCUGCACUUCUACGCUGCUCUCAAACGCCAGGGUAUUGACCGAAGGACUUUGCCGUAUCGAGGAUACCUCCAGCCCUAUGCGGCAUACUAUGCCGCGGUGAUGACAUUCAUUGUGGCUUUGAUUCUUGGGUACACCGUGUUCAUUAAUGGUCACUGGGACACCCCGACUUUCUGUACGUCUUACCUGAUGAUUGGGUUCUUUAUCGUGGCAUAUGCGUUUUGGAAGCUCUUUAAGCGGACACAUUAUGUUCGGCCAGGGCAGGCAGAUCUUCAGCUUGGAGGUAUCAAGGCCCAGAUUGACCUCUAUGAGGAGUUGUAUGAGCCGCCUAAGAGAGGCAAGGUCUCGGGUUGGCUCAACAAGUGGUUCGAGUAG